AUGCUCUUAGCGCCCCCCCUCCCCCUCGCCUGGCUCAACCCCACACCCCUCCUCUGGCUAAUUUUUGCAAGGGCCCAUCCUUUCUUUUACCUGCGCGUAUGUUGUACAAAAACACCUCUGUGCGGGGGUGGGGGGGGCAGGGGCCAGGGGGCCUCCCCCUCGGGGCAGUCUAAAGAAGAAGAAAUAUGGAUCAAUAAAGAAAUAGCUCGUUGUCCAAUGGAGGCAGCGGCGAGCACCCACACAGGCAUAGCGGCCGCGUGCGGACGUCCCGCUAACGCACACAGAGGCCGGGGCGGAAAAAUUUCGCGCGCGUGUGGGUGCGCCGUUUGCGGUCGAGGCGAAAAACUCGCGGUGCGGGAGACAGAU